AAAUUUAACUCAGAAUAAGAAGCUAGCGUUGGAGCUCACCCUUGCACAUGGGUAAACUAGAACAAAGAUAUGCCGGAAUGGGACAGAAGGCCGACGCAGCACCAGCCAAUUUACCUUGUGAGUUUUAUCAGAGUGCAGAACACAGCAUUCUAAGUGAACGGUUCUAAGGACGUGCUGUGUGCUCUUUAUAUCGAGGUAAUCUGUCUAGCAGCCCAUGAGCAAGGAGUCUUGUACUGGGUUAUCACCUACAAUGUCCCUUUUCGGCAUCGCCGGUCUAGUCGAAUUUUUUUGGGCCGAUGCUCAAGAACAUGAAUGCGCUGGCGUGGUGCUAAUUCGACCGAGAAAAGUAAGAGAAGGAAGCUGCUUCACGGAGAAUUCCGUCCCAGUGCGACCACGUUAUUAUCACUUUAAACUGUCGCGUCCGAAUCGGUUAGAUCGCAGCUUGCAUCUAAAAAUCUCUUCUGCUGCCUCCGUAUCCAUUACCUAUAACUUCCGUACUAAGAGCCCCCGGUAAAGAACUCAGACUGAUUUGGUGGUGGAAAAAC